CUCACAGAAAGAAGGGAAGACUGAACAGCAGGCAGAACGCCCAAGGCAUCUGUGGUGGAGCACACUAAUAGAGAUGACUACAUCUGAGGCUAAACUGCAGGAGAUCUACAACCAACAAGGCUUCCUCUCAGCACUGCCUGUGUUGACAGACACAGAGCUGAGGGAGGCCAAGCAUGCCUUUUCUGAGCUGGAGAGGGAAUUUGGUCAAGAGUACACCCAGUACAGCCUCCACUGUGUUCACCUUCAGUAUCCGUGGGUGAGGGACCUGACCAAACACCCUCAAAUCUUAAAAGUGGUCAAAGCCAUCUUGGGCCCUGACGUCAUCCUGCUGGACUCCCGUUUCAUCUGUAAAUACCCAACACUCAAACCUGAUGGGAAUGCUGGAGAGAAUGAAGUCCCAUAUGUGGCCUGGCAUCAAGAUAUGAGAUAUUGGGGCAUUGCUGGUGGUCCUGUUCUCUCUGUGUGGCUCGCAUUAGAUGACUCAGUGAAGGAGAACGGCGCCCUUCAGGUCAUCCCAGGUAGCCACUGCGCUGGCAUGUUGCCCCAUCGCCAAGCAAGUCGCCCUGGAAACAUGCUGUCAGUCAACCAGGAGAUACCAGAAGAGCUGAUAGAGACUGACAAGGCAUUGCUUUGCCCUCUGUUAGCUGGGCAGAUGUCUAUACAUGAUGGACUCCUCGUCCAUGCCAGCGAUGCCAACACAUCCCAGAGGAGGCGCUGUGGGUUUGUGAUCCGUUAUGUUCCCACCUGUGCAUAUCCCAUCCAGGAUCCUAAUCGUCCCAGGAAAUUUCAUGCUACAACUCUGGCCUUUGGAACGGAUCGCUUCAAUCAUUUCUCUAACAAAACCACAUGAACCCUUUCUUGAUUCUUCCCAGUUACCUGUACUCAUUACAGCAAUAUUUCAUGCUUGGGCCAAAUAUCUACUCUGUGUGUAUGAAUAGCAUAAUGUUUCAAAAAUAGGUGGCACCUAUGGUAUAUUUUCUACACUACUGUACCAAAAUAUCUUGAACUGAUUAAUAAUUGUUGUUUUCAUGUUCACAAUUUGUGGACAUUGUAUUGUGCCAUAUAAAAACGCAACUGUACUGCUUCAGAUUAAACUUUAAAAUAAACUGUCAAAAUAACAUGACAUUGGCAUAUAAAUGGAUCUUAGUAUUUCUAUGUACCGGCUUUAUUUCAUGAAAUUACUCAUAAUUAUUUGCGAAAAGCUGAAAUAUGAUUCAAAAAGCUGAGGUGUUCUGUUUGACAGAACACGGGGGCAGCCGCGGUCUAGAGGUUGGAGAAGCGGCUUGUGAUCGGAGGGUUGCUGGCUCGAUUACCCCACAGGCAGGAAAAAUUUGGGUGUGGUGGAGUGAUUAAUGUGAAAAAUGCCCUCCUUGGGCAAGGCACUUAAUCCCCAAUUAACCCCCACCCAGGUGCUCUAUGCAGCCCACUGCUCUUGUGUGUUUCACAGGAGGUUUGUUGCAUGUGUGUUCAACUAAGGAUGGGUGAAAUGCAGAAGACAUUGUAUGCGUGCAUGUAAAAUAUAUAUAUACUGCCAAUAAAGUGAUUCUGAAUUCUUCUU